AUGUUUCGGCAUCAGAAGUGUCCAUUAGUAGCAUGUUUCCUAGCAGAUCAUCCAGACGAAGAAAUUGAAAACAUGGACUCUUUGGACAUAGCAAAUGCAAAUCUGUUGACCAGAGCUCAUACGUGCCUUAACAAUCCCAUCUAUUCAAUUCACCUUACACCUUGGAAACUGUACUUUGAUGGAUCAAAGACUGAUAUAGCUUCUGGGGCAAGGAUUGUUUUAGAAGAGCCACUAGGGAUCAGACACUAUUAUUCUUUCCAGCUAGAUUUCCAGUGCACCAACAACAGGGCUGAAUAUAAGGCUUUAAUCAUUGGCCUAGAAAUGCUGGUGGAAUUAGGAAUCCAAUUUGUGGAAAUUCUGGGAUAUUAUAUGCUUGUGUUAAAACAAAUUGCUGGAGAAUACAAGUGUCUAAGUCCUUCUUUAGCUGUCUAUCUAGUGGCAGCCAGAAACCUUCUAACAGAAUUCAAAGAAACUACUUGGGAACACAUCCCAAGAGAAUAA